AUGCGAGAUAUUAUCGAUGAUAGAUAUUUUACACGAAACUUUGAUUAUUGGUCUAAACGUGGUAUUAGUGGACCGAAACCUAUCGUUGGUUUUGGCAAUACUUUGCAUAGAUUUCUCAAACAAACCACUAGUUUAGAAAUCGAGUGGAUUCAUAAAUAUGGGCCCAUAUAUGGAUACUUCGAGGGCAAUCGCCCGGUGUUGACGGUCGCCGAUCCGGAGCUGAUCCGCAAUAUUCUGAUCACAGAUAUCGAUGUGUUUAAUGCGGCCAAAGAGUCAAACCCACUGUUUCGGUCGAAAGCGCAUCCAAUACUAUCGCAAAACUUGGCGGCAAUGGGUGGCCGGGGAUGGCGUCGAGUGCACGGCGUUGUGUCGCCCACUUUCUCGCCCUCACGAAUGCAAGUGAUUUACGCCCAUAUGAACCGAUCGCUGGACAAUAUGGCCAAAGAGUUGAACAGUAGGGUUAGCGCGAGCGCCGGUAAUUGUACCCAGGUGGAAAUGGUGCUUAUGUACGAUAGGCUGGCAAUGGAUAUCAUAACCAUCAGCGCGUUUGGUCUCGAUGUUAACGUAUGGGCGCCCGACGGCCACCGCAAUGAGUUUGUUCGCAAUGUUAACGUUGUAUUCGCUGCCAAUUGGCUCCGUAUGUUGGGUUCGGUACUAUUGCCCCGUUGGCUAUUAGUGGCCAUCGGCCUAAAACACCCGGUGCUCGAGACAGCCAAUGAUGGGCGUAAUUACAACGAUUUUAUGGACAUAGUAUUGCGGCACAAGUUGAAUGAAACUAAUGCUGAGAGUAAGUCAUCGGAUGCUAACUAUAUUACGGAAAACGAGAUUCUGGCCAACAGUUGGGUAUUUUUUAACAGCGGUUGUAAAAUAGUGUCGUCGGCGCUAUCGUUCGCCACAUACGAGUUGGCCCGCAAUCAACGCAUACAACAGACCCUAUACGAGGAGAUCGCGGCCGCCGUCGCACCGGACGGACACAUAGGGAUGGAUGCGCUCAAUAAACUACCCUUUUUGGAGGCCGUUGUGUCCGAAUCAUUACGUCUCCACACCGUAUCCAUACGUAUCCGGCGAAUGGCUGAUAGAGACUACCGGUUGGGCGACACCGGCAUCACCAUUGAAAAGGGCCACACCGUAGACAUACCCGUCCACGCGAUGCAUCACUACGAACCAUAUUACCCCAAUUACCAGCAUCCUAAGCCCUACGCGUACAUACCGUUUAGCGAAGGCAAUCGUGUUUGUUUGGCAAAACGCUAUUCCCUGCUUGAAAUCAAAACGACCCUGGCCAAACUGGUGCGCCGGUACCGGUUUUACACCACUGAUAACACUGAUAUACCCGUGUGUUUGGUGUCCAGUUUAUUCCAUCACUCGCCGCAACGUAUGGUAUUAGGUGUCGAGAAAAGGGUGUAA